GCUUCUGCUGGGACAGAGAGGGGAGCACAGGAUCCCAAGGCACGUCUGUACUGUGCAGGGUUAAUGAGAGGAACAGAAGAGCUUGGCAAGAGCCUGUACACUAUCCCCAACAGUGACUGAGACAAGGGAAGUGCUGUGACCCAGGCAAGCCCGGCCCAGAGUCACUGUGUACAAAGAGCAGAAGGAGGAGAGAGCAGUGCUUGAGAGCAGCACAGAGUGGCAGUGGGCACAGACAUGUGGCUGUUUGUGGUAGCAGUGCUCCUGCUGAUCCUUAUCCUAUUCAAGUCAUGGAGAGGGAAUCCAGCCCCCAACCCAUUUGCUGCAGAUACCAGGAGACCCCCAAAACCCUUCGUUAUGGACAAGGCUGAGCGGAGAAAGGUGAUUAAGAAUGUUUUCUCGCCAGAUAAAGUGCCACAAAACCUGGAUGCUAUCAUCAUUGGCAGUGGUAUCGGGGGCCAGUCAACAGCCGCUCUCCUUGCCAAGGCUGGCAAACGGGUGCUGGUCCUGGAACAACUGGGCAAACUGGGAGGCUGUUGUCAUACAUUCAAUGAGAAAGGCUAUGAGUUUGAUGUGGGGAUUCAUUAUAUUGGGCAAAUGAAUGAGCACUCCCCGACACGGAUCUUGAUAGAUCAGCUGACGGAGGGGCAACUACAGUGGGCGCCCAUGGACGAUCCAUUUGAUGUGGUGCUGCUGGGGGACACCUCAAACGGACGCCGAUACAACAUGCGGGUUGGGAUGCAGCAAUACUCAGAUGAGCUUAAAAAAGCUUUUCCGGAGGAGAAGAAAGCAAUUGACACCUUUAUGCAGCUGGUGAAGAAAGUCUCUGGUCGGGUUCAAGACAUGGUCAUCCUGAAGAUUCUGCCAUUGCCUAUUGCUCGCUUCCUGUGCCGCACUGGCCUGGUAAAAUGGUUUUCCCCAUUCUUCAGCUACGCCGGGCGGAGUGUGUCAGAGGUCGUAAAUGGAUUAACAGAAAACAAGGAGCUGCGGACUGUACUGUGUUACAUUUUUGGCACAUAUGGUGUGUUUCCAGACAAAGCCAGCUUUGCACUACACUCAGUGCUGAUUGAACACUACUUGCGAGGGGCUUGGUACCCUAGUGGCGGCGCCAGUGAAAUCACCUACCAUCUGGUACCAGUGAUUGAGAAAAGUGGAGGUGCGGUUCUAGCAAAAGCAACAGUGGAGAAAAUCCUGGUCAACAGCGACAGGAGAGCUUGCGGAGUUGUUGUAAGAGGGAAGGGGCAGAAUCCUGUCAAUAUUUUCGCUCCUGUCGUGAUUUCUGGUGCUGGAAUCUUCAAUACGUAUGAGAAGCUUCUUCCUCCAGAAAUAAAAGCAAUGCCUGAGAUCCAGUCCCAGCUGGGCAUGUUGCAGCAUGGUGCUGGUGGAUUUAGUCUCUUUAUUGGAUUAAAAGGAACAAAGGAAGAUUUAAGGCUCCCUGCCACCAAUUACAUCUACAUCCCAGACAACAACUUGGAAAUGCUAGAGAAACGUUUCCUCAGUGCUUCCCCAGAUGAAGCUGCGGCUUACAUUCCAAUGUUGUAUAUAUCUUCCCCUUCUGCCAAAGAUCCCACCCACGAGGAUCGAUGCCCAGGCAAGUCAAGCCUGACUGCGCUUUCCUUCACCCCAUACGAGUGGUUUGAGGAGUGGAAGGAUAAGAAGGUGCAGAAGCGAGGAGCAGAUUAUGAGAGUCUGAAGAGCAGCUUCGCUGAGGCCAUGCUGGAGACCACCAUUCAGAUCUUCCCUCAGAUCAAGGACAAGAUUGAUUGUUAUACCAGCGGCUCACCUGUCACCAACCAGCACUACCUGGGUGCCCCACGGGGUGAGUUUUACGGGGCGCACCACGAUAUUGCCAGGAUGCAGCCUGAUACGGUGACAGAGAUGAGAGCUAAAACACCCAUACAAGGACUUUAUCUUACAGGGCAAGAUAUCUUCCUGUGUGGGUUUGCAGGGGCACUGACCGGAGCGAUGAUCUGCGCAUCAGAAGUUUUGGGGCGCAAUCUUUAUUUUGAUCUGCAGCGAUUCCGCCGGCAGAUUAUACAGGAGAAGGCCAAAAAGUUGGAGUAGCCAUCCCUAGAGACGUGUGGCUGCAGGGGAAAGUACGGGUGCAAUGAAGGCCAAGAGAGGGGCUGGGGGAGAGGUCCAAGUCCGCACAUUGUAUAUUUUGAGAAUGAUGGCAGCUGGAGAUCACUGAUAGCCAGAGUCUGAUUCCAACAGUAUAGUUGAAAUGAAUAACAAUUAUGCAAUAGAUUUGUAUUCCCAAUGUACAGAAGAUUCAUGGUCGUCAUUAAUUAAAUCAGUUUCAGUGGCUUUCAACCACUGGACUUUUCUGUGUUUCA